AUGCCUCGACAGAUCCAGCUUCAAAGCGCUAAAUUCCUUGAAGAUCUACCACCGUCAAUCCCUAAAUAUGCAUACAAUGGGAUAGAUCAAUUCGGCGAGAUCAUGAGUCUUGAACGUGAACGUUUUGAAAGAUCAAACGAUUCUCAGGCCAUAGAGACGACUGGCGAAUACGUCCUUUUCGAAGUGAGAGAACGCCACAUACGAUCCGAUUUUGUAGACCAAGACCAAGCUACCACCAAUCUCUCCCUGCGAGUCUCCUUUGAUCUUACGGCUAGCCUCGUGCUCGUCAAAAUGAUGGGACCAGUGCAUUCGGAAAUGCUGGCCCGGUUCAACAACAUGAUCACCUUCGCUCUAACCGGUAUGGGACUGCAAUUUGCAUUCCAAAACUACAGCGGAGUUACCAUUCGAGGUAACAGCAGUGGAAAGGAAGCAGAUUGGGGUUGGGGCCCCGCCGUGGGCCAGCCCGGGCACACUGGGAAACCGACUGUUAGCCUUGAAGUGGCCGUUUCCAAGUCACAGGCUAAGUUGGAACGGGACGUGGGCUGGUGGCUUACCUCUACCAAGGGGGGCGCAAACUUGACAGUGACUAUUAAGGUUGAUCGACGUGCCCCCCGUCUUACAAUUGACGUAUGGCAAUGGAUUGGGACAGAUAUCGAACGAACGCAGCAAGUGACUAUUGCAAGGGUUAGCGAUCAAGUGUUCGUUACAGGAAAUCUGCUUAUCAUACCAUUCCACCUUUUAUUCUUACGACAGCCCACAGCAGGGUCAGCCGAAAGUGAUAUUGCUCUCCACCAGCAGGACUUGGUGCCUUUCGCUGAAUCUAUCUGGCGCGUUCAACAUUUUACCUAG